AUGUCGAAAUUACUUACUCCGGAAAUACUAGCGCUCAUAGACCCAGUGGUGUCUAGUUUGAAACGUCAUCAACUUGUGGAUGACAAAGAGAUUGCAUUAACAAUUGCCCAGUUGUUGAUGAAAGUUAUAUCAGCAGCAAGAUGGUCAAAUACAUAUGAUUUAAUUGAGUUGAUAAGACAAGUUGGUGUUAUAUUCAAUGAAGCAUACCCUAGAAAAGUCAUCCCGGGGAAUAUUGUGAGAAGAGUAUUGGCUUUAAUACGUGAUGAAACUGAAACUGAUGCAGAAACUGAACAAACAGAUAACAUCCCAAUGAUGAGUUCUAUGUUUAGUUUAUUGGCAACACAUAACAAAAAUGAAACUAUAAAGGAACAAACACAAUCACAACUGAAAAAACAAACAAGUGAUAUGAGAGCCAUAAUCAUACAAGGAAUCAGAGAUUUAGUUGAUGAAAUUUCUAAUGUUAAUGAUGGGAUUGAAACUAUGGCAAUUGAUUUGAUUCAUGAUGAUGAAAUAUUAUUGACUCCAACUCCUAAUUCAGAAACAGUACAACAUUUUUUAAUCAAAGCAAGAUUGAAAAGAAAAUUCACUGUAGUUGUCACUGAAAACUAUCCAAAUGACAUCAAGGCCGCCCACAAAUUUGUCAAGACACUAGCUGAACAUAAUAUCGAAACAAUUUUGAUCCCCGAUACAACAAUUUAUGCAGUGAUGUCAAGAGUCGGGAAAGUUAUAAUAGGCACCAAUGCAGUAUUUGCCAAUGGUGGUUGUUUGUCGAAUUCAGGAGUUGCUAAUGUGGUUGAAUGUGCCAAAGAACAUAGAACACCUGUGUUUGCUGUGGCAGGGUUAUUCAAAUUGUCUCCAUUGUAUCCAUUUACAAGAAACGAUUUGAUCGAAGUAGGAAAUUCUGGGAAAGUUUUGAAUUAUGAUGAUUUUAAGUUAGUACAAAAUGUUGAUGUUGUGACUAAUCCAUUGGAGGAUUAUAUACCUCCUCAUCAUAUUGACAUUUUUAUGACUAAUAUUGGUGGGUUUUCUCCAUCAUUUAUCUAUAGAAUUGUUUUGGAUAAUUAUAAAGCUGAAGACAAUAAGCUUGAAUAA